AUGGAGUCGUGCGAGUCGAGAGCCUCGAGAGCCUCGAGAGCCUCUCUCCUCUCCCUCCUCUCUCUCUUCGGUGUUCUCGGUCUGUGCGUCUCGUUCCGGUCCGACGCGACCGGUGGAAGCACGGAUCCCUUCCCCCGCGUCGGAAGCUGCACCGCGUUCCCUUCUCCCAUCGACCUGACGGAUUCGUGCGGCCGAAGGGGCGGGGGAGCCGUCGAGGCCCGUCAACUCCCGUCCGCGCACCCCUUCGGCUGGCUGCUGUGGCUGGCGUCGCAGUGGUUCCCUCGGCUCUUCUCGCGGUUCCUCGUCCCUUCGGUGAUCGGAGGAACGCCGGUGGACUCGAUCUCGGAGGCCCCCUUCGUGGCCCAGAUCUUCACCGAGAAAGGGACCUUCUGCGGGGGGACCAUCGUCGGCCCCAGACACGUCCUCACCGCGGCUCACUGUCUGAAGUGGGUCCGAGUCCGUCGUUCCUCGCGCGUCCACCCCGCCGAAUCCUCGUUUCGACCGAGCCGGAGCGGCGACGUCGUCUCCGUCUCGAGACGCGGCCGUGACGGUGAGAGUGGGAUCGACGACGAGGGGGUCGGGAGUUCUCGUCCGCGCCCAGACCGACACCCUGCAUCCCCAAUUCAGCAGUACCUUUCUUUUUUCAUUUUUUCAUCAUCGGCGAGUCGCGGGAGGACGGUGCUCGAGCGGUAUUCCUCUCGAUGGAAGCCGGGAACGGGGUUCUCGGGGCGUCCGCGUGAUUCGCGCGCGAACGUAAAGAUCGAGACGAAAAAGCGAGCACCGGACUCCCACGACUUGCCGAACCGUUCGAAACCCAUCGGACGAGUCGGAGAAGUCGAAGGAGCCGAUCGAUGGGAUGACCUUGCAGUGAAGGACGCGGGGGGCGGAUCCGACGUGGCCUCGAUCGUCCUCGAGGAGAGCCUAAACUUUUCCGCUUCCGUGCGGCCGAUCUGCGUUCCGAUCUGCGACGGAGGCGACCCGAACGGCACGCACGUCCUCUACGGCUGGGGGCGAACGGCCUCCAAAGGGGCGCUUCCGGCGGCCCUCCAGCAGAUCCAGAUGCGGCUGACGAACCAGAGCGAAUGCACGGAAAACACCGACGGACGGAUCGUCUGCGCCACGGGGAUUUCUUCCCGCACCGGAGGUUGUAACGUGAGUUUCCCGACGGGUCCGCUUCUCCUUUCGGAAGACGUCGUCACCGAUUCAAAUCGCUCUCUCUCUCUCGUGGAUCAGGGAGACAGCGGGGGCCCCUUCGUCACGUGGUACGGAGACGUCGCAUACUUGACCGGGAUCGUCUCCUACGGGACCGAAACGAAAUGCGAGAACUCCUUCAACGCGUUCACCCGAGUCUCCUAUUUCGCCCCUUGGAUUCGAGACCGUCUCCGACGACGACGAGGAUGA